UCAGCUUACUUCAGGGAAAGCACAGAGCAAGAACAGACAAGUCCAAAAUUCAAACGAAUUUACAAGACCAGACCAAGAUUUGGCUUUGAAUGGAGAGAGAUUAAAUUCUUUGCAUGCAAAACUUCACCAAGAGGCUGAUAGAAUUAGAAAAUGGAAAAAUCAGACAGAAUUAGACAUGAAACAGAAAGACAGAAAGAUUCAGGAAUCCAGCCAUACCAUAGACUCUUUAAGGAAAUCAAUACUUGAUAUUCAGCUUCAAAAUGAGAGCCUUAGCAUGACUCUUCAGGAAGAAAUCAGUAACAGAGAGGAUAUUUUACAAAAAGUUUCAGCCACAAGAAACUUGUGUUCAGUUUUGAAGGACCAUCUUGCAAAGACAGAAUCCAAAGUUGCAGAAUGUGAAGCAGAAAAAACUGAAGUCAAAUAUCUUGAACAGGAACACAAACGACAAUUUGAAAAUUUGUCAGAAAAAUUCAAGGAACUUGAGGUGGCAAGGGAUGAAGAGCAUAGACAACUCACAAGUCAAAUAUCGGUGCUAUCUAAGGAGAAGGAAUGUUUAGAGCAGAAUCUCACACAUUGCAACCAAGAAGCUGAGUCUAAGAUUAAAAUAUUGAACCAACAACUAGAUGACAAAAAUAUUGAGAUACGUGACAUUAGAGCACAAGUUCAGAAAAAUAAUGAAAAAAUUCACAGUUUGAAUAAAACAAUUCUUUUUGACACAAAAAUGUUGAAACUGGCAAAGAGAUGA